CGUAAACUCGUAGUUAGGGCAACCAUUGUGUUUAUAGGAAGCCUGCUGGCGGCAUUGUACUUCUAUGAAGGGGAAGCAGAGAGUGGCUGAGCUAUAGACAGACGCAUCUUUUCUAUGUAUAUAAAGCAAACAAAGCUUGUCUUCUGAGUUUUCUUUUUCGCCUUCGUGUUGAACCCACGGGGGUUUCCAGAGGUGCGGCCCCCAUCUACUCGACUAGAAAAGGAAAUAAAAUGGCUCCCGGAAACAAAUCAAAUGCAUUCACUGGCAGCUCUGUGUCAAAAAGUCAACCUGAUAGCCGGCGUAAUGGAUCUGGAACAAAAAGGAAAAAAAAAAGGAUAAAGAAAAGUGCCAAAGGGGAUCUUGUACCAGAAGCCCAACCUAGCCGAUGCUACAGUCCUUUGGUGUAUGAUCCAGAGGUGUGCCAACGAGAACUUAUGCAGAAAUAUGCAAAACAACCAGAAGCUUUGGGGAUUAGCGAACUCCGUCAGUAUGCAGCAGAAAUCCAAACAAGCCAAAAAGCUGCAGUCAGGAUGGGAGUGUCCAAUCACAUUAGCCGCUUUGAGAUCCCCAUGGAUAUUAAACUACUUGAGAAUACGACUGUUCACCAAUACCUCAAAACCUACUGCCGAGUAUGCAAGAGACGACAGACAUUUUAUAAGAAAUUCUUUGAUAAAUAUGACCGAGAUAAAGAUGGGAUGCUAUCUAUCAUGGAAACAGAAGCAGCUGUGACUGAUCUCUACUGUAACGAGAUUCACCCAAAACAAGUGAAAGAACUCAUUGCUGUGACAAGUGAAGAGGAUGAAAUGUUUGACUCCAAGCUAUUCUUUGCUUUGUGUGCGUUGUCGGAACGCAUGUUUUAUUCAACGUUCGUCACCAAGGAUGCCAGUGAACUAUAUUCUGAAAGGCAAUGGGUGGAGACCGCUGACUUCUCUGCAAUCAAUUGGAAAUUUGAAGGCUGCAACAUUAACACAUCUUUAAAAAGGCUGUUCAGACUUCUGGCUUACAGACUUGGGAUUGAAAGUGAAGAGAACUGAAAUAGUACCUAUUGCGCUACAUUCAAACAGCCACAUCCAGGGUCUGCGUUACUGCUGCCGAGGCUCCAUUUGAAUGUAACCUUUCAGAUGAUGCGUGGUUACACGUGAAGAGCAGGAGCUGCCCAUUGAUUUUUACACACAGUGUGCGCAGGCUUUUUAUUUUUUACCACUGGCAAGUCAGAUUGCACAAAUGAGUUGUUACAUGUGACUAGAGCCUCCACCUAGACCUUACUGUGUGACUGUAGCUUUAUACUUCUGCUUUAGGAGUGUCUUCUAUAUGCCAAUUGUACUACCUAGCAAUAAAAUGACCUAGGACAGACA